AAGUUCAGGACGUGCAGGCUUUGAUCCCGCUGGUGAUGAGAUGGGGACCGGACAGUCUGUGUGCUUCCCAGCCAUCUCAGGGCCCCACCGUGUUGGCUGCACAGAUGUGAUGGAGGGUCAGAGUCCUGAGGGGAGCUUCUUCCGACUCUUCUACCCCUGCCAAGCAUCAGAGAAGUACGAGCAGCCCCUGUGGAUUCCCCGCUAUGAGUACUGCUUGGGCCUGGCUGACUACCUGCAGUAUAACAAGCGCUGGGUGGGGUCUCUGUUCAACCUGGGCAUCGGAUAUUGUCGCUUGCCUGUUAGCUGGAAUGGCCCCUUUAAGACAAAGGAAUCUGGAUACCCCUUGAUCAUCUUGUCCCAUGGCCUGGGAGGCUUCAGGGCGCUGUAUUCGGCCUUCAGCAUGGAGCUGGCCUCCCGGGGCUUCGUGGUUGCUCUCCCGGAGCACAGGGACCAGUCAGCUUCGACCACCUACUUCUGCAAGCAGACCCCACAAGAGAGCCAGCCCACUGAAUCGCUGGAGGAGGAAUGGAUCCCCUUCCGCCGAAUCAAGGAAGGGGAGAAGGAGUUCCACGUUAGGAAUCCCCAGGUUCACCAGCGGGUGAGAGAGUGCGUGCGGGUGCUGCAGAUCCUGCAGGAUGCCUCUGGCGGGAAGACGAUCCUCAAUGUCUUUCCUGGUGGAUUGGACCUGAUGACCCUGAAGGAUGGCAUCGACAUGAGCCGGGUGGCCGUGAUGGGACACUCCUUUGGAGGAGCUACAGCCGUUCUUGCUCUGACCCAGGAGGUCCGGUUUCGGUGCGCUGUGGCCCUGGAUGCCUGGAUGUUCCCUCUGGAACGUGACUUUUACCCCAAGGCCCGGGGCCCUGUGUUCUUUAUCAACGCUGAGAAAUUCCAGACAGUGGAGAGCGUCAACUUGAUGAGGAAGAUAUGUGCCCAGGACGACCAGUCCAGGAUUGUGACUGUCCUCGGAGCUGUUCAUCGGAGUCAAACCGACUUUGCUUUCGUGAACGGCAACCUGCUUGCUAAAUUCUUAUCCAAUCACACUCGUGGGACCUUGGACCCUUAUGAAGGACAGGAGGUUAUGGUGCGGGCCAUCUUGGCCUUCCUGCAGAAGCACCUUGACCUGAAGGAGGACUACGAUCAAUGGAACAGCUUCGUGGAAGGCAUCGGACCAGCGCUCAUUCGAGGGAGCCCACCACAUCUGGCCAGUUUGUAGGCACAACUGGCCAUUUGUAGGUCACUCGAACCGAGUUUCCACGUAGGAGCCGCCUAAGGAUACUUGUAACCUAGUGGCAGGAUCCUUUCUCAGAGAGUGAGAGGGUGUAAUCAGACUCCUGAUUGGGUAGUUGGGCCCUUUGCUCUUGGAAUCGUUAAUCUUACAGCUCAGAGUAGCUUGGGAACAAAUCACUGGUUCAUGGGAAGCUGACAUUUCCU